GUGGCGGCCAUCUUGUUUUGUGAUCUUAGCAAUUUACUGUCAUAGUUGUUUUUGUAAAGUUUUAAAAAUAAAUAAGACGCAGUGAGUUUAAUUCCUAAUAUAGAUUAAGUUAAAUGCGUUGCUAGUUAAUCUUGUUUUACCUUUAAGGAAUUGUGAAUAUUUCAAGAUAAAACUAUCGAAAACUUAUCACGAAUUUGUCCUAUCCUUAUACAUUAUAUAUGUGUGUGUCGGUGUUUACGCGGGUAAUUUUGACUGAAGGAAAAUGAUGGGAAAGCGGAUGCACCACAACAGCAAAGGCAGAUUGGCUAGUAAAGGCUAUGAUAGCGGUAAACCUUCAAGUCCAGGUGUAUCACCUUACAAUAAACCUUCCAAGAUAUCCGGCGGAGUAUCUAUAGGUAAAACAAAGGUAGAUAAUAAUAUGUGUCCAAUACCAUAUAUAAGGCAGCAAGAUAAUGCUGUAACUUUACCAAGGCUGACUGGAAUCUUAGCAAGAUCAGCUGAUGAACCCAUUGGUAUGGAUGAACUGGAUGCUUUACAACUAGAAUUGGAGUCACUUUUAUGUAACACAGCAUUACGUAUCAGAUAUUUUCAGGGAGAAAUCGAAAGCAUUGAUACCAACGAAUCUAAGAGAGAAAAGAAAAAUAAAGCUGCUGGUAAACAAUUACAAUAUCCCAUGAAAAGAAAAUUCCCAGAAGACAAGUUAGUGAAAACCAAAGAAUAUACUAAACUAUCCAACCAACCAAAGGUUCCUAAACUGAAAAACUUCAGUGGAUCCUCUGGUGCGUCCAACAACUAUUUAAAUGAUAAUAUGAACUCAGAUAAUUCAGUUAAACUGGAUCUGUCCCAGCUUACAUUGCCAAAGAAUAAUAUCCCAUAUAAGUUUUGGAACUCUGUGGAGCCAUACUGUGCGCCCGUGACUUUGGAUGAUAUUAAAUUUCUUGAAUCACUCUUAGUACAAAGCAGUAAUACAACACUGCCACCUAUCCCGCCCCUGGGAAAACAUUAUUCAGAAGUGUGGGCCGAUGAACAUCUAACUGAAGACCAGAAUGCUUCGAACCCCAAUAAACAAAAAGGCUCUGGAUGGUCUCCCGAAACUUCUAAUUUAAGAAAGAAAUUGGAAAAAUCUUCAGACAAUAUGAUCACUGGUCCGUUGACACAAAGGCUUGUAUCAGCUUUAAUGGAGGAAAAUGUGAUGCCCUAUGAAGUCCCUGAUAUAAAAGUGAAGCAAUCAACAAACACAAAGAAUACUUACAAAAAUUCAUUGACCUUAGAAAAGUGUUUAAGGAAGGAAUUAGUGGAACAGGGUAUUUUAGACCCAGAAGAUUUACCACCUCUCACAAACCCAGCCGAUGAUGAAAUAUUGGCAGAAAUUAAAAAAUGCCAGACAGAAUUGACUGCCGUAAGAAAAGAAAAUUGUCGAAAUCUCAAGAAUCUGAUUGGUCUCUGUAAGCAAGAGAUGAUAAGAUUAAAUUUGAAAAAACAGCUUGACCAAGUAGAUAUGGAAUGUAUUGAUACAUACAAAAAAAUGGUUGCUGCAAAACAAAAGAAGAGACCCAUUACCAAAAAGGAAAAAGAUGAUGCUUGGCGAGCUAUCAAUGAACAGAUAAGACUAAAUAAAGAAAUCAAUGCCUUGCCGUUGACAGGGCCUAAUACAAGUUAAAUUAUUCUACUAAAUUAUAAAAUCCAGACAAAUUUUAAUUAAUUGCAUUAGGUAAAACUUUCAUAUUGUUUAUUGGGCUUGUUAAUUAUUGGUUGUAAUUUGAUUAAAUUACUUAUUAUGA